CGCCCCACCAGACAUUUUUGGGUUUUUCCUGGUUUUACCAGGGUAAGGUCCGUUAGUUUUGUUUCAGGGUCCUGCCCUUCGGCCUCUGUUCAACCCCUUUUGUUUACACAAAGAUUUUUAGGCCUCUCGUUGCCUACUGAAGGUGGGUUGGUAUUCACAUUGUCGUUUAUAUUUAUGAUGGUUUAGGGGAGGGGCCUUCAUAUCCGGUUGCUUUAGACCAUUCCACCAGGGUUAAGACUGAUUUGAUUCGUUCUGGCUUUGUACCCUACCUCGAGAAAUCUGUUUGGGUUCCUACAUCAGCCCUUGAUUGUUUGGGUUUCCCCAUUGAUCUUUUUCAGGGUUUCCUUUUUGUUCAGGGGAUAAAACUCAAACGGGUUCUUUCUGAUAUUGAUUCCAUUUUAGAGGCUAAUUGUUGCACUGCCAGGGAACUGUCCGUUCUUGCUGGUCGUAUUACUUCCUUUAAACUAGCUGUAGGUAAUGUUACAACCGUUGCUGACAAAGUUUAUUCAUAUGUCCAUCGUCUUUCAGUCUAGUUGGGACUCUAGGUUUCCUUUGUCCGAUUCUGUCAAGAAGAGCUUUUUUAUCUGGAAAGAGAACGUUCGGUGUUUGAAUGGUAGGCCCACUGGGCGUCACUUUUCAUGUUCUCGUACCAUUGUUUAUUCAGAUGCUAGUGAUCUAGGGGUUGGCGGUGUUGUUAAGACUACGAGGGUGUUAUUUGUCAUCGUCCGUGGACUGCUAAUGAAAUGUUUCCCAGCUAUAUUUGUCUCUCUAGUUUUUCCGUAGUUUUGUCAGGGCGCGCGAUUUAAUGGUUUACGGAUAACCGCUACAUUCCGUCCAUUUUUUCGCAACGGGAGUAUGAAUCGGGG